AUGGAGCCAGUAGAUCAGAAGCUUGUUUCAAGCUGGUAUGAUGUUCAGUCGGUGCCCCAAACCUUUGUCCAACCGCCGGAAAAGUGGCCUGGCAAGGAUAUCGACGUUCCUCUGUGCAAGAACAUUCCGGUAGUUGAUCUCAGGGGGCCUGAUUGGAGUCGCACAAUUGAACAAAUCUCUGAAGCCAUCCAAGAGUUCGGAUUUUUCCAGGUGAUCAACCAUGGGGUUUCCAAGAAGCUGAUUGAUGACACAAUGAAUGUUUCCAAGGAUUUUCAUGCAAUGCCCCGAAAAGACAAGGAAACUGAAAGCUCAAAGGACCCAAGUGGAAGAUGCAAGUUCUACACAAGCAGUGAAAACUAUGCAAAUGAAGAGGUUCACUUCUGGAGAGAUGCACUGGUACACCCUGCUGAUUCUUCUGAAAACUACAUGCAAUAUUUGCCUGAAAAACCUACUCGAUACCGACAGGUUGUCAAAGCUUUUAUGGAGGAGUUAAGAAAAUUGGGGUCUGUCAUUCUGGAGAUGCUUGCUGAAGGGUUGGGACUGAACAAAGACUUCUUCAAUGGCGGACUUACAGAAAAUCCAACGCUGAUGUUCAAUCAUUACCCGCUGUGCCCAGAUCCUAGUUUAACCUUGGGAUUAAAGGCACACCGCGAUGCGUCCCUCAUAACCAUUUUACUUCAAGAUUCAGAGGGGCUUCAAGUCUUCAAAGAUGGGAAUUGGUUUGGCGUUGAGCCUAUUUCCGAUGCCUUUGUUGUUAACAUAGGCUAUGUCAUGCAGAUGAUCAGCAAUUCAAAGUUUAAAGGCGCAGAACAUCGAGUGGUGACGAAUUCAAGAGAUGCAAGGACAACGGUCGCGUACUUUGUUUAUCCGUCUAAUGAGACUGUUAUAGAACCUGCAAAAGCUUUGUGCAAUCCAGUGAAUCCACCAUUGUACAAAUCCAUGACGUUUGCAGAGUUCAUUCGACACUUCUAUUCGACAGCUGCCGAUGCUGAAGAACUGUUGAGGGUUUUAAGCCUCACUGAGUAGCAAAUCGGGUGAUCUGCCGAACGAUGAUG